AUGCGAGAAAGGUGGAAAGUAUGGGAGGAAAAUCAAACUGCGAGUCCUUCUAAAUGUAGAAAAGGAACCGGGUCAAAAAUAUGUGGAUGUCCAUUUAAGUUGAGGUCGACUUGCAUAGUCUCUUCCAAAUGGAACUUGGUUCUCAAAGUUGGACACCAUAACCAUCUUCAUCCAGUUGAACUUGUGGGUCAUGCAUUCGUUGGUAGAUUAACUAAAGAUGAAGAGAAAUUUGUUAUUUAUUUCCAUGAACACGGUGUGCCACCUAGACAGAUUCUUGUUGCUUUAAAAAAAGGAUUUAAAAACAAUCUUUCGACUGUGAAGACCAUCGAUAAUUGCAUACAAAAGCAUAGGGAAAGUGAAGGUGCUGGAAGGACCAGGAUGCAACUACUUCACAAAUAUCUAGAUGACGCCCAUUAUGUGACAUAUAAUAGGCGAAAUCCUUAUACAAAUGAAGUAACUGAUAUCUUUUGGGCUAAUCCCGAGUCUACCAUAUGUGCUCAAUAUUUUCCAUCGGUCGUCAUUAUUGAUUGUACAUAUAAGACAAACAUACGAAAAAUGCCUUUAUUUCAUGCGGUGGGUAUGACAUCUAUGAGAGAGACGUUCUUCAUUGCUUUUGCAUUCAUGAGUGUCGAGCUAACACAAAAUUACGAAUGGGCUUUGCAGAAUCUGAGAUCAAUUUACUCUCCAACAAACUUCCCUUCUGUUAUUGUCACCGACAACGAACAUGCAUUGAUCAAUGGUAUUGGUAUUGUUUUCCCAGAUACAUGA